AUGGGGGACGCUUCAGAGUCAGACCUUGAACGUGCAGAAGGAUUCAAGCUUCAGGCUAAUGAAGCAUUUAAAGGUAACUAGAAUUGAUUAAUCUUUUUUCCGCCAUAAGGGUUCAUUCUAUCAAUUCAUAAUAAAGAGGUAAUUUCCCGAUGUUUUAAGCUGGCAUGAAUGUGCUGCUUAGUAUCCUUAAGCACCAUACCAUUGGUGCUGUCUCUAUUCUAUCGUUCGGCCUUAAAGGAAUUUUUAUAUUGUUUUGUUCAUGCCAUUUUUUUCUAAUGAUCUGGGAUAUUGUUGAUUGUUUUCAGCUCACAGAUUUUUCCAAGCUGUCGAUCUGUAUAGUCAAGCAAUUGAACUGAAUGGCCUAAAUGCUGUCUAUUGGGCAAACCGUGCAUUUGCCCAUACUAAACUUGAGGAGUAUGGAAGUGCCGUGCAGGAUGCAACCAAGGCUAUUGAAGUUGAUCCUAAGUACUCUAAGGCAUGUGUUCCAACUGCUGUUCAUAUUAACCUCGCAUGUAGGUUUUUAAAUUGACCUGGAAAGUUAAUUUUCAUAUUUGACAGGGUUAUUAUAGGAGAGGUGCUGCCUACCUUGCAAUGGGGAAAUUCAAGGAAGCCUUGAAAGAUUUCCAACAGGUGCCCACCGUACUAGUGUGCUUCCUACUUAUGUGAUCUCAGACUAAGAACAUGUUUCUUGUUAUUUCGUAAUUCUUUUUAAUAAAAGUUUACCGAAGACAAUGUGCCGCUCAACAUUAGCUGAUCGACUAUUGUUUCACGAAGAAACCUGCUUGAUUGAGUUUGUGUUAUAUGGGCAUUGCAAUUAUCUAAACUUCCAUCUGGUUUCUUCUUCUUUUUUUUAAUAAAAACUCGAAAAAAUAGGAUUCAUGCCAAUGUAUAACGACUAUUGUUUCACGAAGAAACCUGCUUGAUUGAGUUUGUGUUAUAUGGGCAUUGCAAUUUAUAACGACUUACAUUUGCAUGAAUCCUAUUUUUUCGAGUUUUUAUUAAAAAAAAAAAGAAGAAACCAGAUGGAAGUUUAGAUAAUUGACACAACCAAAUAUUAAAGUGCAUUGAUGGCGGGAAAUAUUAUAAGUUUCAGGGAAGAUAAUGACUCUUCUGUGAGGGGUGUAAUAGUUGAUGCUAGAGUACCUUUUUGUUUUUGAAGCUAAAUAUGGAAAAUUAUAUGGAGUGGCAUGGGCUGUUGGAUCUGAUACCCUUUUGUAUUCUGAUUCUACUCCCCUGAUGGAGGAGCUAGUCUCCAGCUUUUCCUGCCUUCUUCUUUAUACUUUUUCAAGAAAUUCAGGCACCUUCUAAAGGACCUUUGCAGGUUUUAAGUACAUAUGACAUUGGUAAUUACAUAUUAAAUGGAUUAUGGUAGUUUCCCUGGUUCUAUUUUUGCCUCUUUUUUAUCUCAUGUUCCAAAACUAUUCCAAAUCUUCUAUUUUUUAUCUACUUUCCUGCCUUUUAUCAUUUAGUGCAUAUUAUCGUCAAAUUCUGAUUCAAUGGAUGAUUUUCCCUUGUCCAGAAUAAUACUAAUCCAACACACAACAGAUAAAUGUGACCAAUUAACCUGCUAAUAAAAUUACUUGUUACAAAUAAGAUCUUGUUGUUGCAUCAUUUCUUUUAUUAUACAUGUGCUUCACUUCAGGUGUUGAUAAUUCUUCAUGUGAAUUCCCAUAAGGAUAAAAUAUGAUCUCAUUAAUAUGUGAUGCAUUCAGUUGAAAAGGAUCUGCCCAAAUGAUCCAGAUGCCGCUAAGAAGUUGAAGGAAUGUGAGAAAGCUGUGCAAAAGAUCCGCUUUGAGGAAGCAAUUGCUGUGGAUGAUGCAUCAAGACCGUCGGUAGCUGAUUCUAUUGAUUUUCAUUCGAUAGGUAGUAUCUGAUUCUGAAUUGUAACCCCUCCCCCACCCCUCCUCUCUAUCAUCAUAGUUUCUCUGUUGUGCUGAUGUGGAAGAUGAUUUAUUACAUCUCUUGUUGAAAGCUCGUAAUGCUUUUUUUGUGGAAAUUUAUUUUAUUUAGGAAUACAUUUGAUCACUUAAUCUCCCUAAAAAGUAUCUUUCAACACCCAGAACUCAGAAUUGGAUCGGUAAUCCGGAUUGACCCGGGCCCAUCCAAUCUAGAAACUCAAGUAGGUCGCAUGAUGCAAUAAGAAUUGAUAUACCUGUUUGAUUAUUAUCCACUGCCUCCCUCCAUCUGACAAUCUAACAGUUUGCCCCUCACAAGCAUCGUGUUCCCUUGAUUGUCUUGUUAAUGUGGUCGUCUGGAUAGAUCAUUUCUUAAGAUGUUGAGCAUUGAUUCCACUCUAUUGUCUAGUCAAGUCUGAAGUAAUUAACAUGUGUCGAGCCAAAGAUACUACUUGUGCUUAGACUAAUCUCUUCCAAUAGUCAAUUAUUAGCAACAAACUUCUCUAUAUAACGUAGUAAUAUCAUAGAUAAAUGUCGAUUAACUUCUACUUUGGCUCAUUAUAUCAGAAUAGCAUCUUGUGCACGAUUUUUUGUACCAGUAAUAGUAUCUUAAAUUCCGCCAUUUUUUCCUUCCACGUAAUGUAAUCCGUGUUAGAUGGAAUGUGACGACCUCUUUUGAAUGCUGUCUCCGUUAGUGUCUCACAAGAUUCUUUUUCUUUGCGACUAGAUGUUGAGCCUCAGUAUGCUGGUGCAAGAAUAGAAGGAGACGUGGUAACUCUGGACUUUGUGAAGAAAAUGAUUGAUGAUUUUAGGAACCAGAAAUCCCUGCAUAAGCGGUUCGUAACUAUCAAAGUGUCAUCCCACAUUCUGUCUUGAAGCUUAGUCCGAUUAAUUCAUGAAAUCUUUUCAUAUUGUCUUGUACAGAUAUGCCUAUCAGAUAGUUUUGCAAACUCGGAAAAUGCUUCAAGCUCUGCCUUCUCUCGUUGAUAUAACCGUGGAAGAUGGAACUCAUUUUACAGUCUGUGGUGAUGUGCAUGGUCAGGUAAUACACGAGAUGUUAAUCCAGCAAUAGUUUUAUAUUUCAAUUGGAUAUCUAUCUCAAUAGUCUCCAAUGUUUUACUGAUAUUCCUCGAAAAUAAACCUGUCAUUAGGCUUGUAUCCACAGAAACUUGUAACACCAGUUCAAGCAUUUUUUUCAAUAUCUGAAUCCUCGCCUUUUUUAUAAUCUCGCUCUAUAUCCUCCGCCUCGAAAAUUCUGAAGUAUGCUGGUCUGAAAACCUAUUACCCAAGAUGGCAUCCUUUUGUCCUUGAUUCAUCACUGGAUUUUCCUCCUCAGUCAGAUAAGUAGUUGUCUCUUCGCAAUCCAUUAUGGUAGAAGUCGCCUUGCCACAUGAGAGAUACAAAUGCCUUCCGCCUAGUAGCGUUACCCCAUUUGGUGCUAUAUCUUGGAGGCUGCUUUGAUUUCUUUUCUGUGGUAAUUUUCGUUUAAAUAUACGAAAGCAUUUCCCAUAUUCAAUGCCCUGGGAUGCCAAAUUCAUUUCUUGAAGAACUUCAAUUCAUUAUUCACCCUGGGGAAGUGUACCUUAUUGCUGGGAAAGUUUGACUAUUAGUCCACAUAAUCAUAGACAAAAAAGCAUAUAAAUUUGUCAUUGCUGGGUUAAAAUGCUGGACAUCUUCUUUAAUCAAUGCCUAUGAAAAUCUUUCUUAAGAUAAAUGAUAAUCCAUUGCCUGUAGUUUAUAUUGCUUUUGUUUUGCCUCAAUUUUGGGCGUUACCUUGCAUGAAACGAACCUAUUAGAUGUAAUUAUCGUCCUGCAUUUUUGUCUUUUUUCACCUCUGGUUAUCUGACAUUGUUUACCUGGAAAAUUGCAGUUCUAUGACCUACUAAACAUAUUUGAGCUUAACGGGCUUCCUUCGGAUGAUAAUCCGUACCUCUUCAAUGGAGACUUUGUAGAUCGAGGGUCCUUUUCUCUGGAGGUCAUUCUCACAUUGUUUGCCUUAAAGUGUAUGUCUCCACAAGGUAAGUGAUUUUCGCAAGCCGGUAGACAGUAGACUCUUUCUUAUCUUAUGGUGAUUUGGGAAUUAUGAUAAUUUAUCUCUUGUACGUUUUAUCCUAUACUUGGGGAAGUAAUAUUUCUAUAUGGUGCGGUGCCUGUCUGUCUUCCAUUUAGAUUCUAGUUCAAACUUGUCGUUUCUAUCUGUCAGCGACAUAUUUUUUGUAGCCAUUCUUGCCUAGUGGAUGUACGAUAGCUGUGCUGUCAUGUGAGCUGCCCUGGGUCAUUUUCUCUAAUGCUUUUACUUUCUUUCGUUUUCUCCAUUUUUACCCCUGCUGUUGUGUUGAAGAUCCUUUCUGUUUUAAUUCAUCGUUUAAAUCAGGGCUGCUCCUGCAGCCAACUAUGAUAUGUCUAUUUGAGGAGAGAAAUUAGAGACAAUCUGGGAACAAUUUCUGCAUUCCACGUCGUUAGCAAUGCCAAUCUUUCAGAGAAGCAGUUUUUUUCUUUUUGUGCAACUAGGAGAACGGUAUGGCCUUAUGCCCCACAUGAGAGAUGCUCUAUUGAUCCUAAGCUCAAAGAGUAAUUAUGUAGAUACCCUUGAUGAGUUUUUUUUUCCGUGAUGUUCCCCACUGUUAUGCUUUCUGGAAUAUAUUGUUUUCCACUAGGAGGGCAUGAUUGUGUUCUUUAGUGUUAGGUUUUCUUAUAAAAUGUGGUCCGAUCACUUUCCAAAAUCUUGUAGUAGGCUGGAGGUUAUGAGUUGGUAUAAAAAGAAGAAGCUAUGAAUGCCAAUAAAUGAAUGAUCAUGCACAUUCACGAUGUUUGCAGCGACAUGAAUUUAAUGAAAAAGGAGAGGUUUGAUCAUACAUGUUCCUUAGGGCUUCAUACUUCACAACGCUGAAAACAACAUCCCAGCUCUGUAUUUUUCUGAAUCACGGGCUACUCUCAUUAUGCUCUUAGUUUCUGUCCUCUUUCUCUUGGGUACAGCUGUGGCUAAUUUGUCAAUCUGUUUGAGCAACAGAAACUGACUUCGGGGGAAGCAUGGUCUGUCUCGUGUGUAAUGCGUUCGAAUUUAUUUAUUUAUUUUAAUAGUUAUAUUAUGUUUAACUUUAUAAGUGUAAUCAAAAUUUAUGAAAUCAUUCAGUUGUGUAGAUGUCAUUGAAUCUUCAUGAUCGUCUGUGCUGACUGCUGUCGAAAUAUUUUCAGGUAUACACCUUGCCAGAGGGAACCACGAAAGUAAGAGCAUGAACAAAAUCUAUGGAUUUGAGGGGGAAGUCAGGUCGAAGUUAAGUGAAACGUUUGUAGAGCUCUUUGCAGAGGUUUUCUGUUGUUUACCUCUGGCUCAUGUCAUAAAUAAUAAGGUUCUUGUAGUUCAUGGUGGACUGUUUAGUGUUGAUGGAGUGAAACUCUCUGACAUCCGAGCAAUCGAUCGGUUUCAUGAACCUCCUGAGGAAGGUGUGUACGUUAGGCUGAUUUCUGUUUUUGAGAAAUUUCUGAAGGAGAAUGAUGAUGUUCUUCGUGAUUUACACAUGAACUAUGUCAGAUUUAAACCGAGCUAUUGACCCGACUUGGGAUCUUGGUUAUCUUUCUACAGUUGGGCUGGGGGUCUAGCCCACUGACACUCCUCUGGCUCCUUACCUCUCAUUCAUCCCAUUCUUUUUGUUUCUCUCUCUAACAGGAUUGAUGUGCGAGUUGCUUUGGAGCGACCCCCAGCCUCAGCCUGGAAGGGGCCCAAGCAAGCGAGGCGUUGGCCUGUCCUUCGGUGGAGAUGUGACUAAACGGUUUUUGCAGGAAAAUAAUUUAGGUGAGCUGCCCUAAUUAGCCCUCAAUCCGCCGAUUUUCUCUUUAUCCUCGUUAACAAUGCAUUAUUUAUUAUAUAUGAUACCUGCUCUUCCGCCAGAUCUGGUCGUUCGAUCCCAUGAAGUGAAGGACGAGGGAUAUGAGAUUGAUCACGAUGGGAAGCUUAUUACUGUCUUCUCCGCUCCGAACUACUGCGAUCAGGUGAAGAUAAUUCUCCCGUGCAAGCUUUCAGCUUUGGCUGAAGGGAUCUUUAUCUCGUGAUGUGGUGUGGAUGAGUGCUGUUCAUCUGUAUCAGCUCGUGAUAAUUUCUUUUAAAAGAUGGUAGAAAACUAUUUUGUUUCGAGGGAGAUUGUUUAGUUUAGUGGGAUUUAUGACCCAUGGGCGGUCGCUUGAUGCAGAUGGGCAACAAGGGAGCAUUCAUACGAUUCAAAGCCCCCCAAUUGAAGCCGGAUAUCAUCUCAUUCUCGGCUGUGGUGAGUGAUCUUAUUUCUUGAUGAUUCCUUUUUAUGACUACUCAAAUUCCCUCUCUCUCGAAUUUCUCUCUCUCUCGAAUUUCUUUCAUGGGAAUUCUGAACUGUCAAUUAUAAGUUUGGGUCUUCUUGAUCUGAUGGAGAAUGUAUGAAUCUUGAAAUCAUGCUAAUUGAAAAAAAUAUAUCUGGUCAUUAAUCCACCAAUCAUCAAGAUAUAAUUUGUCAUUAACAUUAUGCGUAUGUGUUUAAUUUUCUUCUUGCAGCCGCACCCGGAUGUGAAGCCGAUGGCGUAUGCGAACAACUUCCUGCGGAUGUUCUCCUGA